GUCCAAGACCACAAGUCAAGUUGUAGUUAAUCAACGCGUUCUUCAUCAAACCUGUAUUUAAUCUCUAUUGGCAUUUACCAACAAGCCCACAACACUCCCACCCCCGUCCAAAAUGCACCCAAUCCUCCUCUCUCCCAUCCUCACCCUCCUCCUUCUCCUCUUCUUCUUCUACUCCGUGGACGCCGCGACACCCUUUUCGUCUAAGGACACACAGGCUAAAGAAAUCCAGCCAAAGGAAACCCCUUCCGUCUGCUCCCAGACUUUCGCCUGUGGCCCGCUCCAAGGCCUCUCAUUCCCGUUCACUGGUGGGGCGCGCCCUGCCCAUUGUGGUCCACCGGAGUUCCACAUCAGCUGCGUGGACGACUCGCCUGAGCUGACCAUCAUGUCGCUGAGGUACCGAGUUCUCGAACUCGACCCAGUUCACAAAAGUCUAAGGUUAGUCCGCUCAGACCUCUGGAACUCGACAUGCACAGACAAACUCGCCAACGCAACUAUCAAAUCCGAGUUCUUCGCCUACAAUGAGAACGACAACGCGGUGGUGUCCAUUUUCUACGGCUGUAAUUCCUCUACUAUUACCCCCAAGCCCGAGAAUUGGUUUCCCUGCAACGUCAAUCUGUCUUUCAAAGACUCUUAUUACUUGAUCUGGACGAUCCCGAUCGACCAGAUUAUGAGCGGUGUCAAGUGUAAGAUUGAAACUACAGUGCCGAUUCUCAAAACCGCGGCUGCGAAGCUCUUUGCCAAUAGGUCGCUGUUUCAGGAAGCGAUCAUGGAAGGCUUUAAUGUUAACUAUACCCACCCUUAUGAUGAUGAAUGCGCUAAAUGUCUUGAAGUAAAUGGGGGCUGUGGGUUUGACUCCCAUUCGAGCAAGCCCGUUUGCUUUUGUGGGGAUCGGGUUUGUGUCAUGUCAGGAGAAAAUAUAGCGAUAGGGAUUUUAUCGGGUGUAACUUCCGCCAUUGUUUUCAUUGUUUGUAUGGUAUACGCAUCAAAAAAAGAAGUGCUUUUCUUCAAGAAAUAUAAGAAGAAUGAGAUUGACAUCCAGGAAGUUAUAACAAAUAAUAGAUGGAUGGCCCCAAAGCGGUAUAGUUACUCCGAUGUGAAGAAGAUGACUCAUUGGUUCAAAGAUCAAAUAGGUAAAGGAGGAUAUGGCACAGUAUACAGAGGAAAGCUACCUGAUGGCCUUCUGGUGGCAGUUAAAGUCCUAAGUGAGUCCAAGGGUAAUGGAGAAGACUUCAUUAAUGAAGUUGCUAGCAUUGGUAGAACUUCCCAUGUCAACAUAGUCACUCUUUGUGGAUUCUGUUAUGAGAGGGACAAAAGAGCUUUGAUUUAUGAAUUCAUGCCUAAUGGAUCUCUGGAUAAUUUCAUACGUAAGCAAGGAUCUGAAAUGGAAAAUUCUCGCUUAGAAUGGAAAAAACUAUCUGAAAUUGCAGUUGGCAUUGCCCGAGGACUAGAAUACUUACACCGCGGAUGUAACACCAGAAUUGUGCAUUUUGACAUAAAGCCACAGAACAUUCUUUUGGACAAAGAUUUUUGCCCAAAAGUAGCUGAUUUUGGCCUUGCCAAAUUGUGCAAAACGAAGGAGAGUAUCGUAUCGAUGCUGGGGACAAGGGGAACUGUAGGAUACAUCGCACCAGAAGUAUUUAGCUGGAACUUUGGAGGCGUAUCGCACAAAUGUGAUGUUUACAGCUAUGGGAUGUUGGUUCUUGAAAUGGUUGGAGCAAGAAAGAAUUUGGAUUCGGCAGUGUCUCAUACAAGUGAAAUGUUUCCGCAUUACGUUUAUAAAGAUCUAGAGCUAGACAAGGAUGAGAAUGCUUUUGGGGCAACCACAGAGGAGGAAAAACAAAUAGCAAGAAAGAUGGUAUUAAUAAGUCUGUGGUGCAUUCAGAUCAAUCCUUCUGAUCGGCCAUCAAUGAGCAAAGUGGUAGAGAUGCUGGAAGGACCCCUUCAUUCCUUGCAAAUUGCACCAAAGCCCUUGUUGGUUUCUCCUACAAUAGCUGCAGAAGACUCUAUGACCACAUCUCAACCAUCUGAAAUAGAAGACUCUAUGACCACAUCAAAGCCUUUGCGUGUAAGCUUAAGACAUAUCGGUAUAUAAGUGUUGAUUUUCAAUUUUAAGAUGGAGAACAUGUAUAAUCUUUUCAUAAUCCAAAAAAGAAAAACAUGUAAUAUAAAUCCUGACCAAUUAUACGUGUUGACUUCAGUUGAA